CCCUCUGCUAGUGAGCAUGGAGUUUGCGGAGCUGAUCAAGACCCCUCGAGCGGAUAACGUCGUCCUGCACCGUCCUUUCUACCUGGCCGUGGAGGGGACUCUGUGUUUGACUGGCCAUCACCUCAUUUUUUCUUCACGGCGUCAAGAUAAUGCUGAGGAGCUGUGGCUGCUGCACUCCAACAUUGAUUCUAUUGAAAAAAGGUUUGUGGGCUCACUGGGUACCAUCAUUAUAAAAUGCAAAGAUCUGCGGAUUAUCCAGCUGGAUAUACCUGGAAUGGAGGAGUGUUUGAACAUCGCUAGCUCUAUAGAGGCACUUUCCACUUUGGAUUCUGUCACUCUCAUGUAUCCCUUCUUCUACCGGCCCAUGUUUGAAAUCAUUGAAGAUGGCUGGCGCUCUUUUCUGCCUGACCAAGAAUUUGAGCUCCUCAGUUCGGUGACAGAUGAAUGGCGCCUGAGCUGCAUCAAUAAGGAAUUCUCUGUUUGUCCCUCCUACCCUCCGGUUGUCAUUGUCCCCAAAUCCAUUGAUGAUGAAGCGCUUCGGAAAGUUGCCAUGUUUCGUCAUGGCAGUCGCUUCCCAGUCCUCAGCUAUUAUCAUAAGAAGAAUGGGAUGGUCAUGAUGCGAAGUAGCCAGCCUCUUACAGGUACGAAUGGGAGACGGUGUAAAGAAGAUGAGAAGCUUAUUAACGCCACGCUACGGCCUGGCAAGCGUGGCUACAUCAUUGAUACGAGGUCCUUGAACAUUGCCCAGCAGGCCAGGGCCAAAGGAGGGGGCUUUGAACAAGAAGCGCACUAUCCCCAAUGGAGAAGGAUUCAUAAAUGUAUUGAGAGGUUUAAUAUUCUGCAGGAAAGCCUCAUCAAACUUGUGGAAGCUUGUAAUGACCAGUCACACAAUAUGGACCGCUGGCUCAGUAAACUGGAAGCUUCCAACUGGCUGACACACAUCAAGGAGAUACUAACUGCAGCUUGUCUAGCUGCUCAGUGUAUUGAUAGGGAAGGUGCAUCAGUGUUAGUCCAUGGGACUGAAGGAACUGAUUCAACACUCCAGGUAACUUCUCUGGCACAGAUUAUCUUGGAUCCAAGGUGCAGGACCAUACGUGGCUUUGAAUCUCUUGUUGCGAGGGAGUGGCUGCAGGCUGGUCACCCUUUUCAGCAGCGCUGUGCCCAAUCAGCCUAUUCAAAUAGCAAGCAGAAAUGGGAGGCCCCAGUGUUUCUCCUCUUUUUGGACUGUGUGUGGCAAAUCCUUCGUCAGUUCCCUUGCUCUUUUGAAUUCAACGAACAGUUCCUCAUUAUGCUCUUUGAACAUGCUUAUGCUUCACAGUUUGGGACUUUCCUGGGAAACAACGAAAAUGAAAGGUCUAAACUGAAGCUGCCGCAAAAGACUAUGUCCCUGUGGUCCUGGGUGAACAGGUCUGAAGAGCUGAGCAAAUUCCAGAAUCCUCUUUUUGAGGCCAACAGCCUUGUCAUCUGGCCCUCCGUUGCCCCACAGAGCCUGCAGCUCUGGGAAGGUGUCUUUCUUCGGUGGAACAGGCCUUCCAAGUUCCUAGACGAAGCCCAUGAAGAAAUGAUCAACAUUAUAAAAUACAACAAGGAACUUCAGGCAAAGGUUAAUGCAUUGAGGAGGCAGCUAGCAGAGAUGGAAACAGAUGAUAGGAUGCAGGAGAACCUGUGAGCUGGCAGGGCUUUGCCUCAGGUCUUUCCUUUCCAGUCCCCUUUACGUGAAAGACUAAACAUGGAAAGCGCAUAUAUUGCAGAGCCCUCUGGGCACAGUCGAUCCUCAGUCCUCCCACUGCUGAAACCUUCACUUCACACUAUGUACCUCCCUGCUUUUUGGGGGGAAUUUUUGUUUUGUUUACAGAAGACAUACACAACUGGGCAUAGUGUCCUCUCUUGGCAGCUUUUCUGUCUCAAAAUCAUGUAUAGUGUCAGCAGAAGCUGGAACCCUUACCUCCACCCAACUGUAUGGACGACCAGGAUGGGCCAAGAGACAGGAUGUUUCAAAUUAUUUUGGACUUUCUCUGAUUUUGUUGAACUCUAAACAUUUGGCAGGAUUAAAAUACGAAGUUAUGUAUAGAUAGGAAAAGGCAUCUUGUCUGAAAGCACCUUUCUCUCCAAGAGUGAGUCAGGCAGCGUUGUUCUUUAGUUUCCUAGAAAAACUAGAAAAUGGUAUAUCUAACUACAAGUUCUACCAGUCUAUAUGAUACUCUCAUAGCCUUCACAUCUAACACUUGUUUUUUUGUUAAGCGUGGGCUUGGGAGCAGUAAGUCGAAUACCAAACCAGAGCAAGAAAUUUCAGUGCAAUACAGAACUGAAGUAGAGAUUCUGCUGCUAAUGUUUAAGCCAUGACCUUCAGAUGGAAUUGUCCCUCAUGAACAAGUAUCUCAUAAGGAAUAACGAACUUUUUUAUUCUACCUGGAAAACAAAAAUGUUAAGUAGUUGGCGGAGGUGUUCAUUUGCAAAACAGUGGCUCAGAGCUGUCCUUUUAACUAGAGCCAAGUUGCCCUCUUGAAACUUCGAACUGCGCUGACUGGUUUUGUACACCUGAACAGCUUCACAGCAUUGCUAGGGUGCAAGAGCAGCACUUAAUCUACAGCUCAGCAAAACACUUGCUCCACCUGGUGUGCUUUUUCCUCUUGUGCUCUUACAAUACAUUUUGUGAAACAUCAAAAGCAGAAGUUGGGAGUUAAGGUGAUCUAACUUAUCAGGUAGCUGCUGCAGAUUAAGAAGCCGUCACACUACAAAAAUGCUAAUAGUUUAGAUCAUUUGUAGCUGCUAAAACUGCUUACAGACUUUAGGGAUAAGCUUUUUUCCAAGUAACUUUGUAUUUUGUAGCUGAUCUUUGUGUUUCUGUGGCUGCAAUCUGCUCUUUUUAUAAAAUCAGUUUUUGCUAGAGAUUUUGUCUCCUUUAAAAAGACCAGUAAGAGUGGGUCUGAAAUACUAACUCACCUAGACACUUGUUCAGCUUGAUUCCACUCAUAGCUGUACAUGACUGAGAAGACUUGAAUUAACAACAGUGCAUGUGGCUGGGAUUAUCUUAAAAGGCGCUUGCUGUUAGCCUAUUUCUGCUAAAAUGAAUGGAGCUGCGUUAGGUCAGCGUUGAUCUCUUUAGAAACUGUUGAGCUUCUGUGACAAUUUAUGCUGUUUCAGAAUGAAGCUGCCUUUUAUUUAAAAGCCACUUCACAUAAAGAUAUAUGUGAAAAUGGAGGAACUUUAGUUGUAGAAGUACCU